UUCCAAAAGUUUCCGUUCGAAGAUGAGUUUAUUCCGUUCAUUGAUCUCCGCAGCAUCAUGUUGACCCUCGGUCUGAUUUUGUGUUCAAUUUUUGGUGCGUUUUUGUGUUCUAUUCCAAAUUCAGCCCGCAUCAAGGGCAAUGAGAAGAUUGGCAGUUUUGGAUUGGAUGAAAAGGGAGAAGACGACGAGUUCACACUGACAAAACUAUUCGAUAUUCAUCUUAAAGGGGGGUAUGAAAAUUUGCAUCCUGAUUUGAAGGAAGUUAUCCGUUCACAAUUGCAACCUGAACUGAAAGACAAACUUGAGGAGCACCUAUCAACGGAUAACUCCCUGCUGGAGAAACUGGAAAAUUUCACCGAAUCGCAAAGUACCAAACGUUUUGCUGCCACUGAGGCAGACAUCAUCAGAGGUACGUGCGUUAACUGCAAGGACGAGAGUUAUAUUUUGAAGUCCCAGUAUUAUUCUUAUAUAAUAGUACUGAUAGAGUACAGAGCUUUCUGA